AUGACUUCUUAAUGGACGGUAAUAGAAUGAAGCAGAUGCUCUGGGUACCGGACCGGUGUGACGCUGCCAGCUGCUGCGGUUUACCCCGCCGUGGUGCCAGAAGUGCUCGCUGAGAUAAUAAAUUGUGAUACGAUGGUUCCAUUCAGGCCUCGGCUGUCGCUCCUCGACAAAGCUGGGAGUUUGAUAAGUGGAUGGUAUUGGCUUAACAUCGACACGGCGCUGUAAUUGAAUGGAUCUUCUGUGCAUUACGCCGUGACAGAUUUGUACUUGUGCUUCCUGCUUGCUGGGUAUCGAUCGCCCUGGAGUGUGCUCACAGUGUGGGUGUGUGCAUUAUGAGCGAGGAUUCACCAGCUGGAGCUCAACGGCGCCACAGCUGCAGAAGCUCCGGUCAGUUUACACUGUUGGACCGGUCACCACACAGGUAAUCCUCAGCGCAAAGGAGCUAAUCUUCUGCUUGUGCUGCCUUUGAACCCAUCUUUUUUUGAUUAAUAUCUAGUAGGUGACUGGGAUUCUCACACUUCUUCCACUGUCUUGAGUUUAUGGUUGUGAGUAUUUCAGUGGACGUGUCUUACGUGGGUUUCUCUUUUCUCCACUACUCGCAGGAUGAACACUUCACAGCCUCCUGCACAUCAGCAGUGUUGUCCUGAGCCCGAGAAGCUUCAGGACCGCGUGUGUGACGGGGGCGCCCCAAAAACGGGGACUAGAAAGAUGACGGAGCGGUUCGUGGGCGCGGGACGCAGACUCAGCACCAUCUCGGAGCGAGAGCCGGACAGGACGGACGCCGAUCCUGGCUCCCGGGACCCCCUGGGGGGCUCCAGCGCCUCCAUCUGCUCCAGCAAGCUGAACGACAGCAGCAGCUGUUUGUCCUCUGAUGAGUCGUACCAGCCAGACGGUGGAGAUGACUGUGCGACGCUUCUGCUCGCCUGCCUGCAUUGCCGCUUCCACGAGUUGAUGGACCUGCUGCCGGUAACGUGCGAACGGGCCGUGCAGCGCUGCUUCCCGUCCUACAAGUACAUCAUGGAGUCGGGGGACGUGCGGGAGCAGCAGGGACGCGACUGGUGCAGCUACAAGCUGGAGCUGGACUGCAACUGCUGCGGGUCCUGCCAGGAUGCGGGGGAGCUCAUAGAGCUGGCCAUGGAGAUCUCUGAGGUCUGCUACCGCUGAGAAAGGCCCUGUCUCCAGACAAAGCCUAAACUCUCUGCUUGUCCUCCAUGCAUCACUGUGAUUUUAUUUUAAACUCUGACUAAAGGUGUUAAAGGGACGACCAUGUACGAGGGGCAGCGGCCAUGUUGCCCCCUCACUGAUGUCCUACUGUUACACUGUAUCCGGUGUCUCACUCAGACCCGACACAGUGGGCGCCGGGCAUUCGGCUGCUCGGCAUUCUGGGAGCAUGCUGUCCAAUAAGUGCGGGUUUAAUUUGGUGCAAGUCGGAGGAACGUGGGUCCGACAAGCUGAGGAGAAGCAGCAGGUAGAGGGAAGGUUGUCAGAGGCUAAGAUCUUUGAGAACAAAUGCGACCAUGGAGUUUCCUGGACGGUGGUCAGUCCCAUCGUGUUCACCUACCGAGUCACUCAGUGCAAAAACCUCCUGGACCCCAGUAAUGGCACGCUGCUGUGGGGCCAUUUAGAAGACGAGGCGCUUGAAAGCACCAUUAGGAGCGUCAGACCCGUGAAGCGCUUCGUCGUCAUCGAUCAGACCGUCAAUCGGCUGUACGGAGCCCGCGUGGCUAAAUACUUCCAGGACAGAGGGGUCGUUUGCAAGAUCCUUCCUCUUCCCACCACAGAGGAGAACAAGAGCCUGGAGUUAGUGACCAAGAUCCUGGAGGAGGUCCAUGCGUUUGACCUCGACCGGCGCUCGGAGCCCAUCAUCGCCGUGGGCGGAGGGGUCUGUCUGGAUGUGGUGGGCUUGGCGGCCUCUCUCUACCGCCGCAGGACUCCCUACAUCCGGGUUCCCACCACUGUGCUCGCCUACGUGGACGCCAGCGUGGGGGCGAAGACGGGGGUCAACUUCGCCGGUGGGAAAAACAAGCUGGGAAGCUACGUCCCGCCGGUGGCGACGUUCCUGGACCGCGCCUUCUUCCAAACCCUGCCGCCGCGACAGGUCUCCAACGGCAUGGCAGAGAUGCUGAAGAUGGCUCUGAUGAAGCACCGCGGCCUCUUCGAGCUGCUGGAGGCGGACGGCAGCGAGCUGCUGCGCUCCAAGAUGCAGUCGCCCGGCGGCGGCGGCGGCGCCGAGCGGGAGGACGGCGCCGCCGCCUCGACCCGCAUCGCCAUAGAAACCAUGCUGGAGGAACUGGCUCCCAACCUGUGGGAGGACGACCUGGACCGGCUGGUGGAUUUCGGCCACCUGAUCAGCCCCAAGUUGGAAAUGGCCGUGUUGCCGGCGCUGCUGCACGGCGAGGCCGUCAACGUGGACAUGUCCUUCAUGGUGUACGUGGCCCACCAGAGGGGGCUGCUGACGGCGCAGGAGAAGCAGCGCGUGGUCCGGUGCAUGCUGGGCCUGGCUCUGCCCGUGUGGCACCCCGGCUGCACGCUGGACCUGGUGCGCGCUGCCCUGGAGGAGCGCCGGAGCCACUCCGCCGGCUCGCUGAGGAUGCCUCUGCCCACAGGACUGGGAUGCGCAGAAAUUUUCCAUGACGCACUCGAGGACAACGUUCUUUGUCAAGUUCACCAGAACUGGACUGAUGAGCUCAAUCAGCUGGGAACAAAUCAACGUGUGUAAUUUAUUUAAGUGAUAUAUAAAUAUUUGAUAAAUGGUGCAUGAGGCCCAUAAUGUAGUUAUGCAGACCUUAAUGGCUGCACAGACACUAAAGUGCUACUACAACUGC